CUGAUCCUCGAGGCUCGAAGUACAAGUUUAUCAAUUAAAAAAAUAAAAAUUUCAGUUUCGAUUCUUUAAAUUUUCGUACACCAACUAUAAUAUACUUACUAGUUAUUGCCGACAUGAGUAUUUUCAAUUGGAUUAAUAAAAUAUUUAACAUCGAUGUAAAACCUAAUUCAGAUCUGCCUUCAGAAUUUCAAAUACCUUCUGAAGAUGCUGAAAAUAUUAAACCCGGAAUACAUAAUUCAAAAAUCAACGAUUUUAAUGAUCCCUUCAAUAGAAAAAACAUGUUUGAAAAUGAUAUAAAUGUGUUUAAUCUUGAAGAUGUCUUUAGACUGAUGGAAUUAGAAUUUGAAAACUUUCAAAAUCAUAUUAAAAAACCAGAUAUUUCUACAAUUUCGAUCAAUCAAUCAACAGACAAAGAAGAAUUAAAUGGUAUACCAAAAAAAAAUUUUAUAGCACAAAGUACUUUUCUUAAUCCUAGUCCAACUUCAAAACCAUUGAAUGGACCUUUAAUAAAUAUCACAAUGAAGGAUUCAGGACCACAGCAUUUUGUAAAGGCUGGUUGGUCCUCCUCGAGAUCAUCUUAUGUAUCUAAAAAUUGCAAUGGCAGAAUAAUUGAAAAAGAAACCCGCACUAAUCAAUUACAAGAUGGAAUUACUGAAACAGUAAUUAUUAUGAAAGAUGGAAAUAAAAAAUGUGUAGAAACAAUAUCGGAAAAUCCAAAAACUGGUGAAAAAAUUGAAAAUCUACAAUUAUCCAACUUGGAUCAAAAUGAAUUGAAUGAAUUCAAAAAUCAAUUUUCAAAAUUCUAAUAGCAUUAAUAAAUUUGUCAAUGGAUAGACACAAAUAUUGGUGAUUUACUGGUGUAAAUAUUUAUUAUAUCCCAGACCGCCGUGGUCAAAAACAGGAUUGAAUCAUAGAUUUGAGAAAAAUAUCAUUUUUUUAUUAACAUAAUAUCUAUAGUAGUAGAUUAAAUUACUAUAAUUGUUAACUGUUGAA